AUGGCGGCAGCUCUAAAAGCUGCAAUUCCAGGCCUCCAUUUCCGGCCACGGUAUCCCACGGUAAACCCGCCGACCUCAAGGCUGUCGAGAAACCCUGCUCGGAGAACCCAGCCGCGACCCCUCAAGUGUUCGUUCGUCGGCCAGCAGCAAAUUGAGGAUGAAAUUUCCAAAACGACGGCGGCCGUCCAGAAAUUAGAAGAUUUAAAGGGUGUCCCUGAUCCAACAGGAUCGAGCUUCAUCGAAGGACGUUGGCAGUUAAUGUUCACCACAAGACCUGCAACAGCUUCCCUAAUUCAGAGGACAUUUGUUGGGGUCGACUCUUUCAGUGUGUUCCAGGAAGUAUAUCUUCAAACUGAUGAUCCACGGGUCUCGAAUAUCGUAAAGUUUUCGGAUACAAUUGGUGAGCUGAAAGUUGAGGCAGUGGCAUCAAUCAAAGACGGGAAAAGGAUCCUCUUCCGGUUUGAUAGGGCUGCCUUCUCGUUUAAAUUCCUUCCAUUCAAAGUUCCAUAUCCGGUGCCUUUUAAACUUCUUGGAGAUGAGGCAAAGGGCUGGUUGGACACUACUUACUUGUCUCAAUCUGGAAAAAUACGUAUAUCACGUGGAAACAAGGGAUCGACUUUUGUGCUGCAAAAGGAAACUGAACCAAGACAGAGAUUGUUGUCAGUCAUUUCUAAUGGUAGAGAUGUGAGAGAGGGUAUUGAUGAGUUUAUCACCUUAAACCGAAAUGCGGCUAAAGGUGAAAUGGAACUUCUGGAAGGAGAGUGGCUAAUGAUAUGGAGUUCACAGGAAGAAACAGAAAGUUGGUUAGAGAAUGCUGCAAAAGGUUUAAUGGGAAAGCAGAUUAUUCGGCCAAAUGGCAGCAUGAAGUUCCUGGUCGAUAUUUUUUUAGGUUUCAAAUUCUCCAUGACUGGAAAAUAUGCGAAAUCUGGGAUCAACAUGUAUGAUAUCACGAUGGAUGAUGCAGCCAUAGUGGCUGGUCCAUAUGGGAUCCCAGCUGAAUUGGAGACCAAGUUCACACUGGAACUUCUAUAUACGGAUGAAAAGAUAAGAAUUAGUCGCGGGUAUAACAAGAUUAUUUUCGUCCAUGUCCGUGUCGAUUGAGCCUUCAGAAAACGAGUGUACGGUGGCCUAUGUGUAUUUUCUCAUAUGAAUCUUGAUUCUUGAAUGUAAUUAAUUAUGAGGGAAGAACUUGGUCACGAAUGCACUGUUAUGACCGAUCAUGGAUCCUUGCAACCAGUUUAUAAAGUAGAACAUUAGAUAGUAUUUUGUUGUAUUCAAUAGAGGAAAAACUAUUUCCCAUUUGAACUUUAUUUUUCUUUUUCUUUUGACAAACUGUAUCUAAACCUUGCGAGUUUUUCAUGUUGCUUUUGAUUGUUCAGUACAUACAUUUCCUAUUCUACUUCUGCUAAUUUUCAACUGUUUUAAGCUUUUGAGAUGCAUUCCUUCUCCUUUUUAUUUCAGGACUGAAAAUGGUA